AUGUACGUGCCUCGCAUCGCCGUCGUAGGUGGUGGGGUCUCUGGCCUCGUCCUCGGCAAGGAACUUGCGUCGAGGGGCCUGCACGCCACCGUCUUCGACACGGGAGAGCACGCAUGCGGAGGUCGGGCAUCGAGCAGGGAGGCGGCGGAUAACGGACGACGCUUCUCCUUCGACCACUCGACGCAGUACAUGACGUGCACCGAGGGCUCGAGGUUCGAAUCCAUGGCCAAGGAGUGGGCCAAGGAGGGCCUUCUUGCGGAGUGGCCGGCGGACAGGGUGGGAACGCUGAAGGAUGGAUCCUUCACGCCCUUCGACGAUGGCGUCGUCAGGUACAUCGGCGCCGGGGGCCUUCGCCCUCUGGCAGACUUCCUAGCGGAAGGAUCCACCGAGGUCGUCCGCCCGCAGUGGGUGGGCGCCAUGACCCCCGUGGGCGGCGAAGGGCCCAAGCGCAGGUGGGAACUCGCCUCCGGGCCGCGGGGCAAGCCCCUCGGCACCUUCGACUUUGUCGCCAUAUCGCACAACGGCAAGUGUGCGCUUCGACUCGCAGAGACGGCCAAGCUGCAGGACGGCUCACCCGCGGCGGCCAAGACCCGUGCGUCGCUACAGUGCGCGUUCGGCGCGAGGCCCACGGAGGAGCUCAAGAAGCAGCGCAAACUGAUCCUGUCUUCGGUGUGGGCGCUGAUGUUCGCCGUGGAUAAACCCCUGAACGUGAAGGAUAACAUGGAGGGUGCACACAUCGUGGGCUCCGAGGUAGUGUCCUGGGCGUCCAACAUCACCGCCAAGCGUCGACACGGCAAGGUCAGGACUGACACCGACGGAGGUGACACGCAGUGCUGGGUCGUCCACAGCACCCCGCAGUUCGCGCGCGACAACAAGUGCCCACAGGAGGCCAUACCGAAGUCAGUCGCCGACUCGGUCAUCGCGGCGAUGACCCGGGAGUUUGAGCGGUGCGCCGGCCUGGAACCCGGCUCGGUCAAGCCAGUGUUCACGAAAGUUCAGCUUUGGGGCGCCGCGAACCCGCUCACCGCUGCGGGUGUACCCGCGGUUUUCGACUCCGAGACGAGGACGGGGGCGUGCGGCGAUUGGUGCCAGGGUCCCCCGUCGGUGGAGGCUGCGGCGGAGAGUGCUCUCGCGCUGGCGGAUGCCAUCGAGGCGACGUUCUCUCCCACCACCGCGAGGGACCCCGCGGCCGCGGGCAGAUUGGACGCCGCGAAGGUGAGGUGGGCGCCGUGCUCGGGCGAUGCCGCGGCGCUCGGCGCGUUCCCUGGUACCAACGUUCCGUCCAUGGGUGAGAUUGCCGCGGCUCCUCGACGAGAGGGGGGCGGGGGAAGGGGCGGCAGAGGGGGGGCGGACAACGCCAGCGUGGCGGCGGCCGGGGGGGCCGAGGCAGGAGUGGAGCCGGUGUGA